AUGAUAGAUGUUCCUCCAUAUCCUAGUAUUCGUUAUACGUCUCGUGGAUUCGAGGCAUUUAGAGAGAGGGAAGAAGAGAAGUCAGCAUGGGAUUAUAGCAUUAACGAAGACAAAGCAGAAGACAUAAAUGCUGAAGCGGAAGCUUUCAUUAAGUCGAUGCACCGAUAUGUGACAGCUUUAAUUGAAGGAAAGGAGAUUAUAAUUUCAAAUAAGGGAGACUGUAGAGCUGUUCUAUGUAGAAAUGGAGUCGCCGAAGCCCUCACAAGAGAUCAUAGAGCUGAAAGGGAGGAUGAGAGGAAAAGAAUAGAGGAUAAGGGAGGAUAUGUAGAACUUCACAAAGGAGGUUGGAGGGUACAUGGUGUUCUUACUGUGUCUCGAAGCAUUGGAGAUGCUCAUUUGAAGGAUUGGGUACCAGCUGAACCUGACACCAAGACACUCAGUUUGACACCGGAUAUGGAAUACCUUGUUUUAGCUUCUGAUGGUAUUUGGGAUCAGGUUAGAUAACGAAAACUUCUCGUGUAGCUUUUGAUGAGACCAACUCAUUUUGUUUAAUGAUUCUGAUGUAAGUUGUUGUUUAGGUGGGAAAUCAGGAAGCCAUCGAUCUCAUAAUGCAGUCAUGUCUGAGGGAAAUGAGCAUGCAAGUGGCUACUUCAAAUGAAAAGGAAGAAAGACAAAAUUGAUUGUGUAAGUAAAAGUCCUUCACCAAAGUUACGACGAGUUUCCCUAAUCAAGUCAAAUAGAGUGAAAAGUCAUUCUCCAUGCUGUAAGAAAACAAUCAACAACUGGAUGACAAGUGAAGAUGAAUUUGACAACAAAAAUGAUGGUCCUCCGGCAAAGGCAAGGCGAGUUUCAACGGUGAACCAAACAAAGAGGAGUAUGAAAAUUUAUUGCCCAAAUCAAGAAAACAUGAGUGGUUUGAAGAUGAAGCAACAUUCCAAUGCUCUUAUGUCUGCUUGUAGAGAACUUGGAAACCUUGCUGUGUCAAGGGGUAAUUCAGAUGAUAUCACUGUAAUGAUAAUCGAUCUGAAUCAUUUCAAAUCCUAGUAUGGUAUUGUUAGUUCAG